GUUUUUGAAUCAAAGAAGAAGCUUGUGAACCAAAUUGGUGCAGUAUUUAAGUUGGGGAAAACCAUUAGAUUUGAAAUUGGAUACCGUUUAGUUGCAGGGUUUUGCACAGAAGCUGUACUGACUGAAGUGAUGGAUGGUGCAAAUGUCUUGCCCGUCAAAUCUAUCUAAGGCCCGUCUCUGUGACUGUGAAAUACAAAAUUACAAAUAGUAAACCUGUUUUGGUCAUCUGGGUCUGCCUCAAUCUACUAGCUAUUAGAUAUUCAGCUGACUCCGUUGUCAUUAAAGAGACAAUCAGAGAGAGAGAGAGAGAGAGAGAGAGAGAGAGAGAGAGGUGUUUAUCUGAGUAAUCAGGAGGAGCUUACAGCACUUGAGAAAGUGAAAGGUUGGGCUUUUAGCUUUGGAAUUGGGUUUUGGUGUUAUAUUUGAUCUGGGUUUCUUGUAGGGUUUAAGGGGUGUUUGUUUAAAGAACCAAGAGAUAAGUUGAGAGAGAGAGAGAGAGGGAUUAAAGCAAAAGAAAGACGUGGUCUUUCUCAUAUACACAGAUCCCUAUGGAGAUGGAAUGCAGGGGUGCUCCCCAACACUUGCUUCUUGAAAUUCAUUCUUUUUGUUGAGUUUAAAGAGACCAGUUUUGUUGUCUUUUGAGAGAGAAGGAAGUAGAGAAAGAGAGAGAAUGUUAGGAGUUCCAAGUGAUUGCGAGUGCAUAGAUAGUAGAGUCUCUUAGAAAAUUAUCUUGCAAUGAGUUCUUCUGCUACAUAACAAAAGGCCAACCUCGGAGCAGCACAAGAUUUUGGUAUGAUUAGUUUAUUUGCUUGUCAAUGAUUGACUAGUCUUGCAGCAGGUGAUAGAGAUAUACUGUUAAACUACAAUAAAGAAAAGGUAGAGAUGAAGUCCACAAAUGAUAACAAUGAAAGCAAUAACAAUAACUGGUUGGGGUUCUCUCUUUCACCUCACAUGAAAAUGGAGGUUGCUUCAGACCCUCAGCAUCACCACCAUCACUACCAUCAUCAGUCCCAUUCUCCUACUGCUGUCUCUGAUGCUGUUACUACAAGCUUUUACUUGUCAAGUUCUCAACUCAGCAACCCUGGAAUCUGCUUUGGAGUUGGAGAAAACGGUGGGUUUCACUCUUCCUUGUCUGUUAUGCCACUGAAGUCUGAUGGGUCUCUCUGCAUCAUGGAAGCUCUCACUAGAUCACAGAAUGAAGAUAUUGAGUCACCAAAACUAGAGGACUUUCUAGGAAGCCAUGAGAGGGAAACAAUGGCUUUAAGCUUGGACAGUAUGUAUUAUCACCAAAAUCCAGAGCCUGAAACAAACAGGCAACAUUCAAUGGGUUUUCUUCAGGACCCAUUCAGGCAGCAAAGCCAGUUCUCCAUUCAACAACACGCAUACUAUGCUGCAAUGCAAUGCCCAGCCAUGUACCAGGCUCCAUUAGAGCAAGAACCCAAAGUCACCCAACUUACAGAAUGUGAAUCACAGAUUCCUCAAAUGGGAGAUGAAGGUGUGCCUUGUUUCAGAAACUGGGUUACUAGGCAGUAUCAGACCCACAAUGCACUGGAGCCACAAAUGAAUGAUAGCAUUGUUGAUGAUGGUGGUGCCUCUGGGUCCGUUAGUGCAAUGGGUUGUGGGGAUUUGCAAUCCCUAACCUUGUCUAUGAGCCCUGGUUCACAGUCCAGCUGUGUUACAGCUCCCAGACAGAUCUCACCUACUGGUGGUGAAUGUGUGGCCAUAGAAACAAAGAAGAGAGCUUCUGGUAACGCGGGUCAAAAGCAGCCUGUUCAUAGGAAGUCUAUUGACACAUUUGGGCAGAGAACAUCACAGUAUAGAGGUGUUACAAGGCAUAGGUGGACUGGUAGAUAUGAAGCACAUUUGUGGGAUAAUAGUUGCAAGAAGGAAGGCCAGACUAGGAAAGGAAGGCAAGUGUAUCUUGGUGGGUAUGACAUAGAGGAGAAAGCUGCAAGAGCCUAUGAUCUUGCUGCCCUUAAGUACUGGGGACCUUCAACACACAUUAAUUUUCCGUUGGAAAAUUACAGGCUAGAACUUGAAGAAAUGAAGAACAUGACCCGCCAAGAAUAUGUCGUUCAUCUGCGAAGGAAAAGCAGUGGGUUCUCAAGGGGGGCUUCCAUGUACAGAGGAGUAACAAGACACCACCAGCAUGGUAGAUGGCAAGCCAGGAUUGGCAGGGUUGCUGGAAACAAAGACCUUUAUCUUGGGACUUUCAGCACUCAAGAGGAAGCAGCGGAAGCAUAUGACAUCGCUGCUAUCAAAUUUCGCGGGGUUAAUGCAGUGACAAACUUUGACAGUACUAGAUAUGAUGUUGAGAGGAUUAUAGCCAGCAAUACUCUCUUAGCCGGAGAGCAUGCGAGGAGGAACAAAGAGAUUGAAACAAGCAAUGAGGCCAUUGAUUAUACCUCAUCAGUUGCACAAAACAAUACUGAAUCUAUUCAAGUUGAGAACAACAAUGGUGUAACUGGUUCAGACUGGAAGAUGGGCUUGUAUCAUUCUCCACAGCAGGAAACAGAUGGCGAUAUGGGAUCACUUGAGCUUAACUCGAUCAACAAUGGGAAUUCUCAGCAUUCCUCAUUCUCAAUGACUCUUCUGGACCCUACUGGCAUAAAUUCUGCUAACCAUACUCAUCAGUCAAUAGUGGAUGAAUCAACCAAGAUAGGGACUCAAUUCUCAAACGCCUCAUCACUGGUCACCAGUUUGGGCAGUUCCAGAGAAGCUAGCCCUGACAAGGCUUGUCCCAGCACACUGCAUUUUGCUAAACCUCCAUUGGCAUCAAAGUUUAUCAGCAACCAGGCAGCUGGUGUUAAUCCUUGGUUUUCAUCGCCAACUCAGUUAAGGCAUGCUGCUGCAGUCUCCAUGGCUCACUUACCUGUUUUUGCUGCUUGGAAUGACACCUAGGAGAAAAUAAGAAGGAUAAAAAAAAAAACCUUAUCUUGUGACCAUGUGGACGUUUUGCAUGCAUGAAAAUGAAAAAGGAAGGGAAUUGUACUGUUAGGCCAAAAGAAAAAAAAAGGGUUAUGAAUUUGAUUAUUAUGUUUUGUGCUGUAACCCAAGUGCAUGAAAACUUUUUCUUUCAACUUUUGGCUCUUAUUGGAAUCAAGAUUAUGCAAAAGUGGAGGGAGAAUGGUAUUUAGAUGGCCUAUCUAAUGAUUAAAUUCUGUGAAAUGAUGUUAAA